CGAGUCAAUUUAAAGAUUGUAAAUGAGCGGGUAGAGUAAUAAAACCAACCAUUAUCCCUUUCUUUUUUGCAAAAAUUGCAACAACAAAAACAAUAGAUAACCGAAGAUUGAAGAAUGCUUAGUACCCCACUCUUAACCUUUCCCAGUUGCAAAACGACCCAUUUUCAGCAAAUAAAUUUUACAAAUUGUAGAAUUUUCAGUUUUUAUUCCACCAACAAAGUCAAAUUCAAUCCCAAACCCAGGGUGUUUUUGAAGUGGACAUUUUCUUGCAUCCAUGACAAUAUGCCGAGAUUGGCUUCCUGGAUUGUCACCAUAUACUUACUUUCCCUUAGCCCAGAAGUUAAUGCCCAAGACCAUUCACCAUAUCUGGUUAGGUACGCUUGUGAAGAUGUUAAAACUUAUUACUCUAGCAUCGGCCAUCUGAAAGGUAAAGCCUUAAGCAGAAAACUGAACUCCAUCAUAGCAGGGCAUCACUCAUUGUCAUAUAAAGAGGUAUGGGAUGCUCUUAAGAUUCUUGAUGCAGCUGAUAUUGAUAAGCCAGAAGCAUCAUCUGGGAUAGUUGAAAUCUACUCGUCCAGAGUUGCGCCAAAGCGUUUAGCUGGAAAACCUGAAGGCUGGAACAGAGAACAUCUCUGGCCUCGUUCUUAUGGGCUAAUGCGUAGUCCAUCUUUAACUGAUUUGCAUAACAUCCGUCCAGCAGAUGCAAAUGGGUUUUUUUUUUUUCCAGUGAAUUCAUCAAGGGGGAAUAAGUAUUUUGGAGAAUGCCAAGUUGGGUUUACUCACUGUAUGAAGCCUGCAAAUAAGGAAGCUGCUUCUGACACAGAAACAGAUAUGAAGAUAUGGGCACCCCCACAACGGGUUAGAGGAGAUGUUGCACGAGCAUUGAUGUACAUGGCUAUUCGUUAUGGGUUUCAUCAACCUGGUGAAGGUCCUGUUCUUCGCCUGUCAGAUUCACCAAGCGUGGUGAAGAAGAAGAUGGGACUUCUCUCUGUUUUGUUAAAAUGGAAUGAGUUAGACCCUCCGUCCACAGAGGAAAAGUUGAGAAAUGAAAGAGUAUGCAGGUUUUACCAACACAAUAGAAACCCAUUUGUAGAUCAUCCGGAGUAUGCCAAUCUGAUAUGGAAACAUGUUGUUUCAAAUCACCAAAAGUCUUCUAGCACCUUGACGCUGUUGUCAAUCAUCCAGAAAUAAGGAUUCUGAAAAACGUGAGUUAAAAAUAUACUUGUCCUUUGAAGUUCUGAUCAUGUUUACGAGCAUUAUCAAGAUGGAAAUCCAGAGUUCGUGUGUAGAGCUAUGCCUAGAUUAUGGAAGCGAUGACAAUUUGUAUGAAAAUCUCCUUGUACUCUGCUGAUGAAAGGUGUUAUUCUAUCAUCUGUCAACCGCGCUCAUGUCAGAAUUUCAGAAGAUGUUGCGCAGCUGAGAGCCAGAACUGAGAACUCCCAUCCUGUGUUUCAGCAGCAACUAUAUAUUUCGUAUCCAAUUUCAGUAAGGUUGCAGAUUUCUUAGGAAUCCAUCUUUGAAAUUUGUUUAGGAUUGUCCAACUUAUACCCAAACUAUUGCUUCAGGCUGGUUUUUCACCAUCAUUCGACCAACUUAUGCUUGUAUAGUUGUAUUUGAUCAUUAUGAUUGUGUGAGUUAUAUAUCUGUAAUUGGUGUUAUGUCAGUUGGAGUUCAGAGGGUGCCGAAUUUGAAGAUGCACUCCCUUUUGAUGA